AUGAGUUGGCUCCGUGCUCACUUCAGAGACAGAGGUCUUCGCAGAGGACCCUCUUCAGAGACAGAAGCAAUGAAAAGGCAGAACUCUGCUCAGGAGCAUGAAAUUAUUGAAUUACAAGAACAAAAUGUGGAGGAAAGCGAGACUGAUCGUGACAAGCCUCUAAAUGCUCAAACGAGAAAGGAGAGAGAUCCCUGGAAAUCAUGCAGGAAUGUAGUUUUCUGGAAGUGUAAACUAUGGAUGCUUAUAUCUACGAUAUUUCUAGUGAUCAUCCUGGUCAUUCUCAUCAGUCUAAUUCUUUAUUCUAAUGUUUACACAGAUGAGGAUGACUACUGGGAUCCUGAAGAAUUACUAAGCAAUGGAAAUUUUCACAAUUUUUCAGGAACAGUGGAGUUAAUGUGUAGUCUUCCACACUUCUCCUCCAAGGAUGUUACUAAGAGGCUAACAGAGGUCUACAGCUCAUCUCCAGCUUUAGGACGAUACUUUAGGUCAGCUCAGGUGAUUUCUUUCAGUAAUGAAAGCUCCACUGUAAUUUAUCAGCUAGUGUUUUCUGUACCACCAUCAACAGAGGGAUUCAUGGAAAACAAUAUGAAUCCAGAUUUUAUAAGGAACAUUUUGCGUCAAAAUAUUUAUGAUGAAGAUACUCUUAAUCCUGAGACAUCUGAAUGUGACAGGUUAAAGCUCGAUCCAACUUCUCUCACAUGUUUUCUAGACAGUGAUUCCAAUGACUACCAGCAACUAGGUAGUGAUUCCAAUGCAUUUAUAUUUGUCCUGAUAGAAAUGCCCAUAUAA